UAAAACCAACGCUAUAUAUGUAGAUUAAUUAGCAGACUCCUGGUGAUAGUUCAUUUUUUUGUUUCUUGGGUUUUCUUUGACGAGUAUAUUAUUGUGGGGCUUUUUCUCUAAUACGGAUUAUACCAACGAACGCACACACCCAGAAGCUGUAUGGAUAUGGACAGAAUAGAUAUGGAGAAACGAGAGACGACGGAGUGGGAGUUUCCAGCCGGUGUAAUGCAACCGUCUCCAAUGGCUUCGCACGCUAUACACGGGAUAGCCCUCGUUCUCAUCAUUCUAUCGCUAUUCGGGUCCCUUUUUAUGCUUGUGUACGGUAUCGCUACGAAACGGUACAAAACCAUUGGAGAACGAUUCCCUCUUUAUACGGCUCUACUGGCCAUUUGUUGGUCUGUUUCGCAUAGUUUUGAUCAUUCGUACAUGUGGUUGAAGGAUGGUGUGCCACCCGCUUUACCUGCUUGUCGGACGUUGGGGGCCUUGAUGGGGGGGUUCUUAUUGGCUGAAAUCUGCAUGAUGAAUGUUGUCUCGAUAUGCAUAUACCUAACCGUCUACCACUCCCGAACGAUGCAUUUCGGAAGUUAUGAUUGGAUCUUAUGGGCCAUGUCCUUGGGCUGUGGAGCUGUGUUUGCGAUUGUUGGAUCAGCAAUCGGUGCUUUUGGGCCGGAUGUGCAUUGGUGCUUUUUGGAUAUGCGGACGUCUGUGGGCCGAAUCUACAUGUUUAUCCUCGCUAUACCGUGUACUCUUGCUCUCGUCGUCCCCGCCACAUGCUAUUUUCUCGUCUACCGCAAAAUCAUGGCGGUCGAAAACGCCAUGAAAAGAGGGAGCAAAGCCAACAAAACCAACAAGCAACAGUCGUUAUCUUACAAGGCCCAAUCGAGUAGUGAGCCCGCGUUGGAUGAUCCGAUGGGGAGGUUUUCGGUUGCGAAUGGGGAUGCACCGGGACGAAUCACGGCGUCCUCUCGUAAUAAAGUGAUCGUGGCCAAGUUGAUUGACUUCAUUGCGGCGGAUGUAUUGACGUUCUCGGGGGCUGUUGCGUAUACGGUUGGUGUAGGGGUAUUUCAAAAGGAGCCUAUAUGGCUUUCAUUCUGGGUCGCCAUGAGUAUCAAUUCAUCUGGCUGGCUAAAUACCGCCGUCUUCAUCCGCCAACUCAUCCGGCGUCGGCGCAACUAUAACGCCCAACGCUCCGCCCACCGCUCCAAAGCCAAUAUUAACAAGAGUAUGUCAGCGUACCCCCUUCAAGGCACACUCAGAGGAGAUCCAAAUAAUGUGGCGUCACGAAUUAAUAUAGAGGAGUUGAUGCCGCCGGUACCUGUACUGAAGCGACUGAGUUUGCCGAGGCAUUCCGCUGAGGAGUCCGGAUCUGUCUGAUUCCAGUAGGUUGUGUGUGUGGGGGGGAUUAUUAUAUAAAUAAUAAUUGUGCAGUGGCAAGUCGGU